AUUUGAAUGAAAGACCUGCACUAUGACCUUCCACGCUUUCACCCUCCAAAGCUGUCGUCCUCGUCUUUUGCUCACCAUUUUACGUCUCUCCUCCAUUUGUCCUUCCUACCAAAAUCCUCAACUUCUCUCUCUCUCUCUGUCUCUCUCAAAGGGAACCUAAAUCAUAUAGCCACUUUCCCCUAAAUCAUAGGCACAUCAAAUAAAUAUAUAUACAUAUACAUAUAUAGACACACCAUAUAUGAUCAAAUAAAUUUUGGGGUUUUUAAAAGUUUCUUUUUCAAACGUAGAGAUGGUCAAUUAGAGCUCAUGUAAUCCAGACAAAUAGUUCUCCCAAGCUUGCAUUCCGGGUCCGAGCCCGGAUCAAUAACGGGUUCGGUCAAAUUUGCAGGCGAUGGAAGAUGGUAGUGAUGGAGGCUUUGCGCGGACAGAGAUUAGGGUUUAUCAUUAUAUACCCAGAUUGAUUUCUGUCGCACUCUCUGGAGCUCUUACUGGACUCUUUGCUCUUGCUGGGGCCUUCACAGGAUCUAUUGCCGGGGCUUUAGCAGGCAGGGCUUCUGAUUGUGGUGUCCUACGUGGAGCUGGACUGGGUGCCAUUGCUGGAGCUGUUCUUUCUAUAGAGGUUUUGGAGGCUUCCCGUGCUUACUGGUGUUCAGAACACUCCAGUUCAGGAAGCUCAUCAUCAAUGGUUAGCAAACUCAGUUCAGUGCAUGCUGAUUUCAUAGAUGAGCUUCUCCAGGGAAGGUUUGUAGAGGAACCGUUUCCACCAGCAAUGUUAGCAGCUCACAAUAGGCAGGUGAACAUUGCUGACAUAAGCUUCGACGACGUAUAUGAUGUCUAUGGUGAAGUCGUGUCAAGAGGGUUGUCAGGGGAUUCCAUCAAAAAACUACCGUGCCAUGUGAUCUUGGAUGAAAUCAAGACAGCGCAAAGCAUCUGCUGCACUAUAUGUCUGCAGGAUAUUGAAGUUGGGGAUAUUGCAAGGAGCUUGCCCCGGUGCCAGCACACGUUUCACUUGACUUGUGUGGACAAGUGGCUCAUCAGACAUGGCUCCUGCCCUGUAUGCAGACGAGAUGUGUUAAUGCAAGCAAGGUUUGGUCCCUAGUGUAUAGAAAAACACCAUUGAGACUAAACUUGUUUGCUCUUGUAUUAUAAACUAGUACGUAUUUUGUUGUAAUCUGUAGUGUUUCCAAAGCAGGUUUUUCCCCAGGUGUGAUCUAGGCCUUCCCUUGGGGGAAAUCUUUGUAAUAUGUAUUUUGUAUAGGAAAAUAAAAUUCGAAAUGUUUGUCUUACUGUU